CGGUUCCUGUGCGCCGAGUCUCCGAGCAGGGUGCGGACUCUGAGGGUUCGUGUCCUCCACACUGUCCUUUCUCAUUGCUUCACUUCAGCCAGAGCUGCCGCUUCAACAGGUAGCGCUGCAUCACAUCCCUCUCCCAGGGCACUCCUGGUAGGGGACGAAGGAUCCUACUUACUAACCCAAGGAGACGAAAGGAGCCACAAUGGACGACAUCUUCACCCAGUGUAGAGAGGGCAAUGCGGUAGCCGUCCGCCUCUGGCUGGACAACACGGAGAACGAUCUGAACCAGGGAGAUGAUCACGGGUUCAGUCCGCUACACUGGGCGUGCCGGGAAGGCCGCUCCAACGUGGUGGACAUGCUCAUUAUGAGAGGAGCCCGCAUCAACGUGAUGAACCGUGGAGACGACACGCCGCUCCACCUGGCUGCGAGCCACGGACACCGCGACAUUCUGGGCAAGCUAAUCCAGUGCAAAGCAGACACCAAUGCAUCGAAUGAACACGGCAACACCCCGCUCCAUUACGCCUGCUUCUGGGGCCAUGACUUGGUUGCUGAGGACCUUGUCAAUAACGGUGCUCAGGUGAGCAUCUGUAACAAAUAUGGAGAAACCCCAUUGGACAAAGCCAAGCCACACCUACGUGACCAUCUAAAAGAAAUGGCUGAGAAGCAAGGACAAAAUCUGACCAAAGUUCCCUUUAAGGACACCUUCUGGAAGGGCACAACCCGAACACGGCCACGCAAUGGCACACUAAACAAACAUGCCGGCAUAGACUACAAACAGCUCUCGUUUAUGGCCAAAAUCAAUGAAAAUCACUCUGGAGAGUUGUGGAAAGGCCGCUGGCAAGGGACAGAAAUUGUGGUCAAGGUGCUCCAUGUUCGGGAUUGGACAACCAGAAAGAGUCGGGACUUUAAUGAGGAAUACCCCAAGCUGAGAAUCUUCUCCCAUCCCAACGUGUUGCCCAUGUUGGGGGCGUGUCAGUCACCCCCUGCUCCCCACCCCAUCAUCAUCACACACUGGAUGCCAUAUGGCUCCCUUUACAACGUGCUCCAUGAGGGCACCAACUUUGUGGUGGAUCAGAUGCAGGCAGUGAAGUUUGCGCUGGAUAUUGCAUGUGGGAUGGCCUUCCUUCACACACUGGAGCCCAUGAUUCCACGUCACUAUCUCAACAGCAAGAGUGUCAUGAUAGAUGAGGACAUGACAGCCAGGAUAAGCAUGGCAGAUGUGAAGUUCUCCUUCCAGUGUCCCGGCAGGAUGUAUUCUCCAGCAUGGAUGGCCCCUGAAGCUCUGCAGAAGAAGCCAGAGGAAAUUAACAGGCGUUCUGCAGACAUGUGGAGCUUUGCUGUGCUGCUGUGGGAACUGGUCACCAGAGAGGUACCAUUCGCUGAUCUCUCCAAUAUGGAGAUUGGCAUGAAGGUGGCACUAGAAGGUCUGCGUCCCACCAUCCCACCUGGCAUCUCACCCCACAUCUGCAAACUUAUGAGAAUCUGCAUGAACGAAGAUCCUGCCAAGAGGCCCAAAUUCGACAUGAUUGUGCCCAUCCUGGAGAAAAUGCAAGACAAAUAAAGAGCCCUGACUGUUCUCUCUACACACCUUUCUCCACUUAGUCUGUGCAUCAACAACCUCUUCACUCUCUUCAUGUGCUGAUUGCACCAGUAUUGCCUUAAACCCACCCUUCACCAAAGUGCUCUGUGUCACUAACCUUUCAGCAAUGAAAGCAUGCUUGUACUUUGUACAUGUUGGACUGUUUGGUGUUCUCCUCGCAAUCUCUCUUGUACUGUUCCUUGUGAUACACAAUCGGUGGAUGAUCGCGUAUGUCCGUCUGCUCUGUGUAAAGGGUUUAUGGAGAUAAAUAUGGAAUUAUUUAAAUGCCUCUUAAUAGCCAUAAAUCAGCGUGCUGGUGAUGAGAAGCUUGUGACACAGUGAAUGUACUGUAACAACUACAAUGUACCGUCUAACCACUAGUCCCUUAAUUUCAUUGUUCAUCACCGUUGUCCUUCCUGGGGGCUAUAUUUCAGCAUUAUUAACUGUGCUUGUGAAGUCUUUCUUUAAAUUGGAGUUUUUAAGCCUGCGCUAUGUAUAUUUCUUAACUGUUGUGGCAAAGGGAGUACUCCUGUACUAGCUCCCUGCAAGAGAAUUAUAUAUGCAAUGAAUAUUAAGUAUUUGAUCAAAUACUUAAUCAUGUUAUCUUUAUUCCCCAUUAAUUUUAAUAUUUGUGCGCAAAAAGUGUUUCCUACCAUACCCAAGUUUUUUUUUGUUGUUUUUUUUUUAAGAUCUACUAAACAAACUUGCAACAUCCAAUAGCUUAUCAUGCAACUAGUUAACAAAAUAGUGAAAUUCCCAAAGCAUCAUAGUGAACUUUUUAUUCAUGUAUGACUGCAGUUAUUUUAAGAGGAUUUCAUGUUUUGGUCCAGGUCAGGAGGAAAGCUGCAUUUUUUUUUUUUUUUUUCCCUGCUAUGAAUGCAUGACUUUUGCUCUAUUUCAUCAACUGUUUGUUAUUCAGUUUUCAUUGUCCAUGCUGUGUGUUGAAAUGUAACUUCCUAAGCAAUUUUCUACUGUCUGUAUAUCUAUAUAUAUGUUUUGAACAUGGAGAGAUGCAUCUGGUAACCCAUGAGUGCUUUGUUAUGAACUUUUGCCACGCCAACACUACAUGUAUACACUAGCUGCACUGUUUCUGCUUUCACUGUCCAAUGUGAGCUGCUCAGUGUUUAAGAGAGAAAAUGAUCAUAAAUGUCCCAUAUUAUUUUAAAAUACAAUAUAUUUUAGAUCAGUAACACGUUGUUUCUACUCUAGCUUUAAGUAAACCGCAGUUAUGGGGAAGAGAUCUGUGUCUUUUAAAUUAUCAUGCUAGUUCUUCAUUUCCAGCUGAUACUUUGAAUCAAAUGUGUGUCCUUUUGUUGAUCUUGUUUUGGACAUUUGGGCGGUUUAUAUACAUAUUUUUCAUGUGAACAGGAGUUUACAACCGAACAGAAAACAAGAACAAAUAAAGUGUUUUGGCCUUGCUUAA